AUGCCCCUCACGACGACCGCCCCCGUCCAAUCGCCCAUCUCGCUGUGCCAGCGCUCGACCGCCUUCAAGGAUGGCGUCCAGCCGCUCGAGUUCUUCGGCCACUGGGACGGCCGGGGCAAGGCCAAGAUCGUCAACAACGGGGCGUCCGCCAUGAUCACCUUCUCGGACCGCACGUUCCAGCCGUUCAUCGUGGGCGGCCCGCUCGGCAACAAGUACAUCUUCGAGCAGCUGCACUUUCACUGGGGCGUCGAGGACGACUCCGGCUGCGAGCACAUCCUCGAGGGCAACACGUACUCGAUGGAGGCGCACGCGGUCCAUUACAACGCCAAGUACGGCAGCUUCAAGGAGGCGGUCGAUAAGCCGGACGGGUUGGCAGUGAUAGGAUUUUUCAUGCAAGCCUACGGCGACACGGACUGUUGCCAGUUUGACAAGAUUGUAAACGGCAUUCACGACAUUAAGGUGCCAAACUCGGAGGCGCAGAUCGAUGCCGACUGCCUUGCCUGGAUGGGCCUGCAGGACCUCAGCCGGCACUACUACACCUACCAGGGUUCGCUGACGACGCCGCCGUACUACGAAACCGUAACCUGGAUCGUGUACAAAACGCCAGUUUACGUUUCGCGCGCCCAGUGUGCCGCUUUCCGGGAGCUGCAGUCCUGCCCGAAGGACUCGAACAAGAAAAUCGUCAACAACUUUCGCGAGGUUCAGGUGCCCAAGGUCUCGCCGGAGGUUGUGUUUGUGCGGAACAGUGGCCGGCUGCGGUCCAAGCUGUAGAGAUUGCUAGGAGUGAGAGAGCGAUAUUCUGAACAAACUUUUACGAGAAUGGCCUUUUGUUAAACAAUUGUAUCAUAUUGAUAGUACUAAAAACAAGACUAGAAUAGCCUUUGGUUGCAUCGAAUGCACGCAUAUUGGGUGGAAUAGGUUAAUAAAAUUUUCAUGUUAUGAUGUACAAACAACUAGAGCGGUUGAUUUUAUUGCGGAAAAA